CACACACACAUCCAGCGGCCGCAGCAGCGGCCGGCACAGGAAGAACUGAGCGCUAUCUUCAGAGAGAUAGAGAGAAGCAGGAGAGAGAAAGAGAGAGAGGGAGUGUGUGAGCGAGAGAGAGAGAGAGAGAGGGGGGGGGGACCACACAACAACAAGCUCAUACUGGGCUCAAGCUGUCUCUUGACUGAUGGACAACUCAACAGUUGCCGUUGAUGGAGUUGUUUUUACAGACGAGAAUGAGAGAGAGGAAACUCUUACUGUCUAAGCAUUGAGAGGAUAGAAAAGAGAGGAGCGCAAAAGAGAAGAAAGUCAAGGAGGCAUACCUUGGUCCCCUCUCUGAGGAGAAGGAAAAAAAAGAGACUUCUUCUGUUUUUAGUCUCUGAUGGAAUAUCUUCUUCAGUGAUGCAGAUGGAGCAGCCUGUGCGGCAGGACAUGCAGUUCUACUACGUGGGGGACCAUACGUGGGCUACCAUGCUGGGCCAGAGUGUGCGUCUGCAGCCGGUGCCUAUCCAGAGCCUAUCUGAACUGGAGAGAGCCAGGCUGCAAGAGGUGGCCUGCUACCAUCUCGGGGAGAGGGACCUUGACUUCAACAUCAGCAUCCCCAGAGAAAUCCGUAAGAGGAGAAAAUCGCUCAGGAGGAAGUUUGACUCCUUCUCCAAAGAAAAGAAAGAGAAAGAGCGAGAGACAGCCGCCAAGGCGUUUGGCAUCCCUCUUUCGCAGGCGAUAGCCAACGACCGGGCAUACAAGCAGCGUCAGGAUGCUCUGAAGGAGAGCCGGAGAGACUGCCUUGAUCUAGAGGCCAGCGUCCUGAGGUUCCGGGCUGAGAAACAACAGCAGAGCAACGGGAAUAAACCCCUCUGUAGCACGGCUUCAUCGCCCUUCAGUGGUGCUACAUCCUCAUCAUCAUCGGCAGCACUGGCAUUGCACAGCAAGCCACUCUCACCCAGGUUCCUGGAUAAGAAAGCUAGAGUGCAGAGACGGGGUGGCCUGUCAGUGGACUCCAUCUCAGAUCUUGUAGAGAGCCAGUCCCGCCUGCUGGAGGCGCUGCAGCUGUCCCACCCUGCAGAGCUGGAGCUGAAGAAGACUGCAGCAGGUGCCGGGGGGCGGACCCAGACCAAGUUGAGCCUCAACCCCAUCUAUAGACAGGUUCCCCGUGUGUUGGAGAGGUGCUGCUGCCACAUAGAGAGACACGGUCUACAAACUGUGGGGAUCUUUCGUGUUGGGAGCUCCAAAAAGAGAGUUCGGCAGCUGCGUGAGGACUUUGACAUAGGGACAGACGUGUGUUUGGAUGAGGAGCACAGUGUCCAUGAUGUAGCGGCAUUACUGAAGGAGUUCCUCAGAGACAUGCCUGACCCUCUACUGCCAAGAGAGCUCUACGCUGCCUUCCUACACGCCAACCUUCUGCGAGGGACAGACCAGCUCCUGUACCUCCAGCAGCUGCUCUACCUGUUACCCCCCUGUAACUGUGAUACCCUGCUCCGCCUCCUCACCCUGUUACACACCGUACAGAGCCAUGCACAGGACACCACAGGACCACAGCACCAGGAGUUCCCCGGCAACAAGAUGACAGCAACCAACCUGGCAGUGAUCUUUGGUCCCAACCUGCUGCAGGGGGAGAGGGGCGGAGGGGACAGGGAGAUGAGUCCCCAUGCCAUGGGCAUUGAGGACAGCGCUGCCAUCAUCAACGUCACCCUUCACCUUAUACAGAACUACAGGCGACUGUUCACGGUGUCAGCAGAGCUCCAGCAGGAGGUGCUGAUGAGUCUCAUCCAGACAGAUCCUGACAUCAUCGACUAUCUCCUCCGCAGGAAACUCAGUGGCAGUCACCUGACGGUGGAGACGGUAGACACAGCGGGGGGUCGGCGGGACACGGGGGCAUCUCUGGACUCUGUAGGGGCGUCUAGUGGUAGCCUGUCGCCCCUGGAGCCCCCCUCACCCCUCUUCAACCCCGACGAGCCCGGGGACAGCAGGCUGACCACAGAGGUGUUCCUCAACCUCGACGUCCUCCAACGCCACCAUAACAACAAGAAGCGUUCCAACGAGACCCCGUCCAAGUCCAUUGGUCAGAUGAGACAGUUCCACUCCCACCACAACCUACUGAGCCUGGCCCAGCCCUCCAGUAGCUCCAGAGUCCACCCAGAGGACAGCCAACACCAUGCCCAGGAACGGAGGGCUCCGCUGGGCGAAGGUCUGAGCUUCAACCUGGGGGCUGCCUCAUGCUCCAGCCUGGGAGGACAGGGGGAAAACAGCAUCUGGGUGAGGCAGACACCCCAGGAGGAGAAAGAGAAACCCUCUCCUAGUCAUACAAGUCAUUUUUGGGACUUCUUCACAGGCAAGGGCUCAGGGUCUGAGACCAUGGUAUGACAGGAUAGGGGG